AUGGCUAUAGAAUUGUUUACAAAGAAUCCAUUGUUUGAAAAAUUAUAUAUUUUUGGCGCUAGAUUGAUUAUGGACAAUGAUUCAAGCACUAUUGCAGGGUUGCGUAAAGUAGCGGAACAUAGUAUUGAACUGUGGGCCGAUAAAAAUCAUACUAUUAAAGCCUUUGCGAGCUCACUUCACGCAUUGUCUGUCUCGAAAAAUUUAGUAGACUACUUCCAAGAUAAUUUGAGUGGAGUUAUUGCAGAAAGUAAAGGUCAAGUCGAUGUUCUGAGGGCUAAAAUGAAAGCAAUCGUUUCCCAUGCAUUUGGGGAUCAUACACUGUGUACUUUUCAUGAAAAUAAUGAAAAUUACGAGUAUAAGAGACUGCCCGGAAAAAAACCACUUCAAAAUGAAGAUUUGAGAGUAUCUCUGGAUGAGCUGAUGACUCGCUAUAUAAACAACGCAGAAAAAAUUGCUCCUGCUGGUUCGACGCAAGCAAACGAAACCUUCAACCACUUAGUCACUUCAAAAUGCCCAAAGACAAAGCAUUUCUCUGGAUCGGAGUCGUUCCCUUUUCGAGUUGCUGCAGCAGUUUGUCAUAAAAAUUUAGGACCUAGCUAUAUUAAUAGAGUAUUCCAAAUGCUGAUAAUGAGUCCAGUCAAAACAACCUUGAAAUAUAGAUUAAUAAAACAAGCCAAGACUAUAAGAAAAAAGUUGUUUGCGAAUAGCCGCUUAGGAAAAUUACGCAGGAAGGCACUCAAAAUUGCUCGAUCGUCCAAAUCUUCUAACAUCAAACGCAAAGAAGGAGUUACAUAUGAAAGUAAUAUAGGGUUGAGCGGCAUACUGGACAUUCCUUGCGAUGCUCCUCUGAUGACUGGUACUCCAUCUGUGCCUAAAACAGUAGCCUCUAGUAAUGCUUUGAAUGAGAUAGGUAAUAUGAAGAUAGUAUAUAUAGACACCGAAACGACUGGUUUUAGUUUAGAUCAAGAUCAGAUUUGUCAGAUUGCCGCUUUUAAUGGAGACACAUCAUAUGAUGCUCAUGUAGUUCCGACAGUGCCAAUUAAAUCAAUGGCAGCAUUGAAAACUGGACUUUCCGUUAAAAAGGGAAGUUUAUAUUGUAGGGGAGAGAAAUUGAAUUGUGUGUCCAGAGAAUCUGCUGUUAAAGGACUACUUGAUUAUUUAAAAACCUUUAAACUAAAUGCUCAAAAUCCAAAAAUUAUUUUAGUUGGGCAUAACGUUAUAAAAUUUGAUGCUGAGAGGAUUGAAAAAUUACUCACUCAAUUUCAACUGUAUGACGAAUUUUUGAAUAUAGUUUAUGGAUAUACUGAUACAGUUGAAGUAUUCAAAAAAAAAUUACCAGAAAGGGUAAAACAGAAACUUUCUUUCGCUGAAGAGGCUCUAGUCAAAGAAUAUUUGCCUCAAGAGAAUACUGCUAAUUUGCAUGACGCUUUACAUGAUAUAAAAACAUUAAAACAUCUAGUCGAUUCUGUUAAAAUAUCAAAUCAAGAUAUUGUUCAAAAUUGUAAGAGCAAUAGUCAAAUAAAAGAAGCUCAAACAAUUUUACAACGAAGAAAAAUACAAAAGUUAGCUAUAGAAAACAAUAAGCAACAAUUAAAAGUAUUACAAGAUGUUGUGAAAUCUAAUAUUAUUUAUGAAAUGGCCAAAGAAGGCAUUACUGAAGAAGUACUGAAAACUGCCUAUUCCAAAGAUAAAAAAGAUGGCGUGAAAGUAUUGCUAUCCAUGAGUAUAAAUGGAAAAGUUAGAGUUACUUUAAAUACAAAAAUUAUUAACGCAAUUUCUAACAAAAUAAAGGAAAUUUGUUCAUGA